AUGGCUACCAACCCGACGCUUAGAUUGGCGACGCUAAACGUUCGAGGUCUGGCCGCCAAGCGAAAGCAGAGCCAAGUGUUCAGGCUCCUGGUGGACCAUGACCUUGACGUGUUAGCAGUGCAAGAGACAAAAGUGGAUGGUGACGAGGAGACACGGAGCAUGGUGCAGCGGUUUACGUCGCGGUAUUACGCGAUAUGGACGUGCGUGAUUUUCUGCGCUACGAGCAAAGCGGCAGGCCUGGUGGGUCCACCCUUGAACCAGUGGCAGGGACCCUCACGCGGCGCGGGAUUCCUGCAGAUGAUCGACCACUUCAUCAUGUCCGUGUGCGGUGGCAUACCGUGGCAGGUGUACUUCCAGCGCGUGCUCGCCAGCAAAACAGUGUUCGAUGCCAAGAUACUGUCCUUCAUGACGGCGCUCGGCUGCCUGGCUGUCAGCGUUCCGGCCGUCGUCAUUGGUGGCAUCGCAAAGAACGCAAACUUCACGGCUGCCGGCUACGACGGGCCGUACAAUCUACGCGCGAGCGAUCGCACACAUGUGCUGGCCAUGGCGAUGCAAUGGCUCUGCCCGGGCAUGGUGUCGGUGUUCGGCCUGAACGCCAUGAUAGCCGCCAUCAUGUCCUCGGCGGACUCGUCCAUGCUGAGCGCCGCCACUGUCAUCACCCGCAACGUCUACCAUUACGUCAUCAGACCCGCCGCGACCGACAUGGAGAUCACCGUAGUGCUCCGCACCAUGGUCUGCCUCCUGGGCACCCUGUCGGCGUUGCUCGCGCUCUCGGUCACCUCGGUCAUGGACCUGUGGAUGGCCGCUUCGGACGUCGUCUUCGUGCUCAUCUUCCCGCAACUGGUUUCCCUCUUCUACCUCAGCAAGUUGACGAACUCGUACGGCGCGUUUGCCGGAUUCAUGGCAGGUGCGGUGCUGCGCGGCCUGUGCGGCGAGCGCUCGCUGGGCAUCCCGGUGGUGCUCCAGCUGCCCAUGUACGACAGCGCCGGGGGCGAGCAGCGCUUUCCCUUCCGCACGCUCUGCAUGCUGACGAACCUGUCGACGAUGAUGAUAACGUCGCACGUGGCGCGGGUCUGCUUCGACCGCGGCUGGCUGCCGGGUUGGCUCGACGUGUGCGGCUGCUUCAGCGGCGCGAGGCGACAGCGCGCCGCCUCCUUCUUCGAGACCAGGGUGUCGGUGUUCUCGUCGCCCGAGGGCCCGACGAGCAAGCGCGCCGAGCCGCACGCGGAAGGAGCCGCCACUCCGACGUCACCGGAGAACGUCGAGGAGCAUCUGUCGUCGCCUUCGUCUAACGAAGCCAAGGACCAUCCCACGAUGACGACCGAAGCCAAGGACCAACCCAGUCACGUGAUCAAGGCGAAGGUACCACCCCCUACGCAAACGACCACGGCCAAGGGACACGCUAUGCGCCGCAAGUCGUCCGUCAGCGCCAAGAAGAAGAGGUGUGCCUCGAAGCCUGAAGUGGAGAGUGGUACCGCCAAGCGCGGUGAUGGGACCGUCGCGGAGGAUGGUGCGGCGGAGACGUCUCCGUGA